UGGACCGCUCGGCGACGGCCAGUAUGGGCGAUGCCAGAGAUGCGAUGACCAACGCUGCCAUCGACUCGCUGACGUCGUUCCGGCAGUCUGUGUUGACCAUCCAGCAGCCCGGCCUGCUGGCCCCGGCCUGCCUCAGACUCUUCCCCCUCUUCAUCCUCGCGCUGCUCAAACAGAAAGCCUUCAGGACGGGCACCAGCACCAGGCUGGAUGACCGGUUGUUUGCCAUGUGUCAGCUGAAGUACCAGCCACUGGUCUACUCCAUGCUCAUGAUCCACCCUGCUCUGUACCGCGUCGACGAUCUCACCGAUGAGGUGAGGAGGAUAACAAUCGCGUCUCAAAGAUUUCGUGUGUAAACAAGU